GACCUCUUGGCUGUGAGGUUAUUGUACAGUUUUAGGUAUUCUGGAGAGCCAAGACGAUGGACCAUUUCUUCAAAGCGUCAAUCGUCCUUAUUUACAUUUACAUUCAAUGGUGUACUGCAGAAUCCUUACAUUGUUUAUCCUGUAUAGAUACUGUAUCACCUCUCCACUGUCAUCUCAUCAGAAAAUGUCCCACGGGUGAUGUAUGCUACAUAGAACAAUUCAGGACAAUCAAUGGAGAACAGCUUUACAAUAUGGGAUGCUACACCGAAAGGAUAUGCCAUGACCGUCAAAUAUCAGCUAAAAGACGUCAAUUGUCUCAUUUGACCGGAAGUGAGAAUCCACAGUGUGUACACUGCUGCAAAUCUGAUGCCUGUAAUAUACAAGGUUGUCACUCUUCAGGGUUUCCUAUUCAACGUGGACCUUUGUGUUUUAACUGUAAACAGAGCAGCAACCCGGAACUCUGUCGUUACGCCAAGGUUUGCGAGUUUGAUCAGGUUUGUCAUCUGCAUGAAGAAGAGGAGUUCGGGGACAAGUUCUAUGUGUCGUCAUGUUUACUUCAGAAUGAAUGUGAAGUAGGUGUGACAGUAACUGAUGCCUUUGGAAAGAGGACAAUCAAUCAGAAAUCUUCCAUGUGUUGUAAUUCUGAUUUAUGUAACAAAGGACUUGCUUGUCCUGCAGGCAAAUAUGGCAGAACCUGUAUGUCUAACUGUGGACAUUGUAUAAAUAGAACUUGUGAUGGUAUGAGUGGCGCAUGCCCAACCGGAUGUACAGCGGGAUGGACAGGAAGCAACUGCACUCACCAAGCUUUAAUGGACUGUCUGGACAUUUUGAAAGCUGGGUACAAUAGAACAGCCAUCUAUAAGAUCUAUCCGUGGAACAACUCUACAUAUAAAGAAGUUCUCUGUGAUAUGGACACAAUGGGAGGCGGGUGGACCGUCUUUCAAAAGCGGAUUAAUGGAUACUUUAGUUUUUCAAGGAACUGGACAGAAUAUCAGCAUGGAUUUGGGAACGCGUAUACUGAAUAUUGGUUAGGAAACGAUGCAUUGCAUGCAUUAACUCUCAAUUCAUCUUCACUAUACGUAAAGUUACAAAACACAAAUGGAAGCCAUUUCUUCCAGUAUUACUCGGACUUCCGGAUCAGUGGCGCUGACGAUGAAUAUAGAUUACAUCUGGGAUCUUACUCCAGUGGAACAGCAGGAUUUGAGUUUAAAAGGUCUCACAAUAACCAAACGUUCAAGACCCCGGAUCACUCUUCCCAGCGCUCACUUGGUUGUUUCCGUGAUUACACGGAGGGGGGAUGGUGGUUCGGUACCUGUCCUAACGUCUAUUUAAAUGGAGUUUAUGGGUCACGUAAAUGGAAAAAUCCUUGGUAUGGAGCAAUAUCAUACGGCACAGAGUUCCGUUCUUCCCAAAUGAUGACUAGAAGACACCACUAG